AUGUCAUCAGAGCAGUCUCUCGAAUAUCUACACCUAACGUUUUGGAAUGACUCAUUCCUGCGAGAGGGCGAUUUGACGAAGCACACGAGGUUGAACACCCUUGUUCUUGGAUUCCUCUUCAGCUAUUUCAUUCCGGGUGACAAGCCGUGCAUUGCCCUUCAAACGUUCCUGUCUCGUCUCAACGUUGGGUGUAUGCGCGAGCUCGUCGUCUGCGUCGAGCUCCCCGUCCGCCCUGCGGGCUCCAUGUGCUGGGAGUUCUUCGACUGGUCGGCCCUCGAUAGCUCUCUAGCUGUCCUCGCGAAGAAUCGACCCGCUCUCCGGGUUACGUUUGACCUUUCCUUAACUCUCCUCGGCGGAGCCGCUUCUCCCGAUACCUUCGGACCUUUGGCGAGCCAACUGCGUAAAAGCCUGCUUAUGGGCUUGAAAAUCAAAGUGGUGGCGAGGCAUGGUCCCUCCAAGCGUCGUCAUUCUGAUGACACCGUGAAGACAUGCUGGCUCUCCGUUACGCCUCGCUCAUUGGUAUAAUUUGCACGUACGCGCAUUACAGAGUAGCUGGGGUUCUAAUGCAAUUCGUACACCAGAGCGACGAUCAACUUCAAAAGCAUAGUAGUUCGGCUCGUACGGCUCAGUGUGCUCUCUCAGAUCAUCGCUCGAAUCGUAGUGUGCGCGGAACAUUGACUCGUGUCGCUUAUUCAUGCCCACAUUCUCGUGC